AUGGAUCCGAGCGCGUUAAUAGGCGACAUUGUGGAGCGCGAUGCCUCCACGAAACCUGCGAAUGAUUUCGCAGGGGAAGGCGUCUCCAGCACAGGCUUUCCGCAACACAAGCGACGAUGGAAGAAGGCGUCUGCGUUCAAGCAACGGAGAAGUGCUGGUAAUGACGAGGAACACACAUCACAGACACGACCCGCGCCGAGUCAAGCGACACCGCAAUCAACAGAACCGAACGUGAAGAUGACAUAUGACGAGAUAGAGAAGCAGAGGAUAGAUGAGGAGAACCGCCAGAAGCUGAAUGAUAUGUCACCAGAGGAGAUCGCAGAGGCGCAACGGGAGCUCCUGAGUGGGAUGAAUCCGUCUUUGGUGCGAAGACUCUUGCAGCGAGCUACUAUUGAUGACUCCUCGUCAGCACCGCAUGCUGCGAAGAAUGAUACGGAGAAGCUGGCAGGUCCAACGGCAGAAGCACAAGCUGAGGUCCCUUCGAAACCCAAAGUCAGAUUCGCAGAAGCAUCAGUAGCCGAUGAAGAUGUGGACGCGCAAGAGCAGGAUGAUUUCCCCACAGGACGCUUCGAUGUGAACUUGUCCAACGACUACGAUGAGGACGCGGAACCCACGCAGAGGCCAAACUUGGAUGCCAUGGAGGACCUUCCGCACAAAACGCAUUUCCCGGCGCCGCCGCCUACCGAUCUCGACCCGAAUGAUCCAAACUUUCUCGAGUCGCUGCACAAGAAAUACUUUACGAGCCUACCCAGCGACCCAAGCAAACUCGCCUGGAUGGCACCGGUUCCUACACCCGACAGCACGGCCGACCAAGAAUCACCGUAUUACCCUCAUGAACAGAUUCCCGUGUCGGCGCUGCGCUUCGACUUCAAGGGACGAUUUCUUUCACCAAGGGUAAGCCGGGCUAUACCAUCAUCAAAGGGCUUGCAUCAUCAUGGUGAAGCCCCCGAGGCGGCUGGCUACACAGUGGCAGAGCUAGCACAUUUGGGACGCAGCGCCGUACCUGCGCAGAGGUGUAUCGCGUAUCAGACUCUGGGGCGCAUUCUGUUUCGGUUAGGAAAAGGUGAAUGGGGCACGACUGAGAAUCAUCCCAUUGCCAUGGGCGUUUGGAACGCCAUGAAGAAGGGCAGAGUGCUGGACACGCUCAACGAGGCUGCUUCCAUAGAAGGCGGACACAGAGGUAGUCAAGCCUUCGCCACGGAGGCGCUCUGGCUGUUUGAGAAAGGAGGCUGGAAGGAGAAAGUCAAGGGCAGAUAA